AUUCUAAUGGCACCAUAGUAGAAGAUAUCGAAUUAGAAAACAUGGAAGAUCCAGAAUUGGAAAGCAUGGAAAAUCCAGAAUUAGAAAGCAUGGAAAAUCCAGAAUUAAACAUUAACAUUCAAGAAAUUAUAGAAAUUAGUGAUUCAGAAUCAGAAUCAAUUGAAAAUCGAUAUACUGUCAAAAGGAAAAAUGUCGGGCUACUUUCUGUCGAACCACCUGAAAUAGAAAAUGUAGAUAUUGAAUUCAAAAUAGCA